AUGGAUGCCAAUCAAGCUGCCGCCAAGGCUACUAAGUUUGUAUCACGAAACCAUGUGGGUAGUGGGUACGUAGAAUCAUUGACCAUGGAUGACUUGCUUACGAACUGCUCUGGCAACUUACUGCAUCUAAUUGUUGAGGCAUGUAUUGCAAGAAAUAUACUCGACACAUCAGCAUAUUUUUGGCCUGGCUAUGUGAAGCCCCGCAGCAAUCAAAUUCCUUUCAGCAUUUCUAACCAUGUGGAUGGAUGGUCUGCAUUGAUGAAGGGAUCACAGUUAACUCCUGGAUUAGUUGAUAUCUUAGUUGCAACUCCUGCUUCCAGCUUAGCGGAGAUUGAAAAGAUAUAUGAAAUUGCAAUCAAUGGUUCAGACGAAGAGAAGAUAUCUGCUGCUACCAUUCUGUGUGGGGCAUCUCUAGUACGUGGAUGGAAUAUACAGGAACACAAUAUUAUUUUUAUCACAAUGUUGCUCACACCUGUUGGUCUGCCUAAUCACACUGAGACCGAAAGCCAUUUGAUCAACCUGCUCUCACAUGGGUCUCUACCAAUAGUGAAAGACUUGCCCGGAUUGAUUCCAAUUUUGAACUUAAGAUGCACACGCUGCACUGAUCCCGACACGGAUGAAGUGUAUGCAAAACUAAGGCUCUUUCCUCUGCAUCCUAGCGAUGUUAAUUUUGAUGGUGACACUGUUGCUGGCGUCAAUGAUAAUCUGAUGCAAUCCUAUACAAAGACCUUGACACAAUCUGAUGCAAAUAAUGGUGGUUUCGCUUGUCCUAAGAAUUGUACAGAAAUAAUUCUUCCUCCAUUAUACUGUUCAGAUAGGCUUCCUUCUCAGGACAACUGGACUAGGGGGAUUCACUUGUGUUUGUGA